ACCUUUCUCCCGAUUAUCUGAAAAGAAGCUUCAUCCAAUAGCCCCAAAUCUUUUGGUCCAUCUGCUCUAGUACUUCUACCUCAGUACUCAAAGAACAACUACUCUGACUCUCACACACCUGUGACUAGUGCUGCUCAGCAAAUGAUCAACAGAACAAUCUGACUCCCUCAUAAGGACCAGAAAGCGAUGGCCUCCACGGUGAGCCUCCUCCAUGAGAAGCACUUUGUGUGCUCGCUGUGUAAAGACAUCUUCACCAGCCCGGUCACCACACCAUGUGGCCACAGCUUCUGCCUGUCCUGUCUGUGUGGGUUCUGGAGCAGACACCAGUCCAGAUACUGCCCCCAGUGUAGGAGACUUUUCUCCAACAGACCUGACCUCAGCGUCAACCGAAUCCUGGCGGAGCUGUCGGACAAAUACAAGAAGGAUCGACCCGAGAAACCAGCCAAGGAGGAGAUUGUGGUAGAUGUCGAGCAAAUGAUCCAGGAAAGGCAGCAGAAGAUAGAGAAGUUCAAACAGGCGCUGGAGCUUCAAAAGAGCUCGUACCUGAGGGAAGUGCGGGACAGCCACAAAGUGUUCUCCGCCUUGGUGACCGCCAUGGAGAAGCGCCACAAGGCCGUGGUGGCUGAAAUCGAAGCCAGGCAGCGAGUGGAAGAGGAGAAGGUCGCAACCCUGGUGAAGGAACUGGAGCAGGAAAUCCAGCUGAUGAGGGACGAAAGUGUCCACCUUCACCAGCAAAUCACAAUGGAUUGCACCGAAACCAUCAAGCAUCUGGACUUGCAGAACAUUAAAGACUGGUCUGACGUCACCAUCGAGAGCGACCCGUGUCUCGGCGUCACCAGAAGAGCGCUGUCGGACAUGAUGGAGAAGAUGAGAGUGGAGGUCAACCGACUCUCGAAAUCUGAACUGAAAAGGAUUGAGAAAUACACAGUCGACAUCAACUUGAGUGCUAAAACAGCCCACCCGUGCCUGUCGGUAUCCGACGACAGGAAGCAGGUGAGGCAGACAGACAAGUUCCAGGAAGUGCCUGAUCACCCCAAGCGAUUCGACCGCAUCGCCAACGUCCUGGCCAAGGAGAGCUUCAGCGGCGGACGCUGCUACUGGGAGGUGGAGGUUGGAGAGAAGCUGGAGUGGAACCUGGGUGUUGUCAGACAGACUGUCAACAGGAAGGGCAAGUUCACCGUCAGCCCGGCGAAUGGCUUCUGGACUUUAGGCCUGAGAGUCGGGGGCCAGUAUGUGGCCAACAGCUCUCCUGUCACCCUGGUGGCUCUGGAGCAGAGACCCAAGAGAGUGGGUGUCUUCCUAGAUUACCGUGAAGGUCGUGUUUCCUUUUACUGUGGGGAAUCUGGACAACACAUUUACACUUUCACAGACACCUUUACUGACCAGCUUCAUCCCUUUUUCACCCCCGGUCGUUUACAUGGAGGCAAAAACGCUGCACCGUUGACUAUCUGCUCCAGUUUCUGCAGCAUCUAAA